AUGCAAUUCCUCUACGCUAUCACUGCAUUCACUACCUUGGCAGCAGGUCAAAAAGUUGGAGAUCUUACUGGGAACCCGGGAUGUCUUUUAUCUGAACUCAAGUGGGACAGCAAUGGGAAAUACAACCGCCCAGGUGGAUGGUCGGUAGGGCUUCUUCCCAAAUACGUAUCUCUAAAUUCUGUUUCAUUUGCUUUUUCUGACUCGGACCUUGUAGUGCAAAAUACAGCUUCCCACUGGGGUUGGAUGCGCGACAUUCGAAUGGACGGAUAAACUACCUUAUUGGGUUGUAAGUAUUUACCAGAAUGUUAAGUGGAUUGGGAAUGGUACUGAUUUCAUUCUUAGUGCGAAGGAGCAGGUGGCGAUUAGAUGGACUUUACAAGCAAUGACUGCUGCUGGAUAA